AAGUUCUUUACGAACUUAUCACAGGACCAGUUAACGUGGCGUGAUUGUUAGUAAAAAAAAAAAAAAAAUUAAGUAAAUUAGUAAAACAGCAAUAAAGGCUUAUUAUUAUUAUAGGCAUUCAGGCAACCCCGAUUUUUAAAUAAACUAACACUCGCUUAUCAUCGAACCGAUAAAAUUAGGUUAAAGAUCGCGCCCGUCCUUCGGUAAUUGCGUUAUUCGACUGUAAAAAUCAAAAAUUAGUCGUAUUUUAUCGUUUGUCUUCAUAAAACGUAUUUGUAAAAUGUGGUUUAAACUAAUAAUUAUUUCUGUUUUCGGUGUGGGUUGUUCGGUAACGACCUCCUUUGAUCUACGCGGGGUUGUGAACGGCAAUCGCAUGGCUGCAGUCCCCCUUGGCAUAUCCCCAGGUUUUGGAGAGCUGGACGUCGAGGGUAUCUGCACAAAAUCCGGAGUCGCAUGCCUGAACUGUACGCAGGCCAUCAUGUGCGUCGCAUUGCCGGGAGGCUGGUUGAAGGUUCCUUUAGAGAGCUGUACAUCGGACACCACUUGCAACGCCCUCCUGGGUGGCUGUUCCAAGGAGUCCGUACCAGAGUGUGACGUCACGAAUCAAAGAUUCCACCACAGCUGUGAACAGGUCGGCGUGUUCCCUGACGCUCACGACUGCAGGAAGUUCCACCUGUGCUCGCCUCCUGAAGGUUUGCCCGACGGGAGACCAGCAGACCACAGAGCUGCGUUGUGCCCGAGACAUUACGGAUACGACCCCAGAACCGCACAAUGUUCGGUACCUUUAGAGCACGGACAAUGUAACCAGAGACCAGUACCCAAAUGCUUAACGGUCGGCCAAAACGGACGGCUGAGUGGCAGCCCUAACCACUACUACGUGUGCUUAGAUAAGCAUGGCUAUCUUCACCCGCAAGUUUUCGUAUGCCCUCACGGUUGGAUCUUUCGCGAGGCAUUCUGCUACCCUGAAAACGUCAUCAACAGCGCAUCAGACGACUCGGCCAGCUCUGAAGAAAUCAAGAGUACAACUAUGAGGACUACCAGUACCAGUACCACAACGAAAUCAGAGGGAUUCUUCUCGACGGAGAAGUCGACGACUUAUCCGGCCGACACGUUUUUGGCCGACAAGUUUGACUUUAGUAAUUACGAAAGCGUAGACGAAACAAAAAAUCAAAGCGGUGACAGUUUCCUAACUUCCCUCGAAAACUUCGGGGACUAUAAUUUUAAUUAGAUUAAUUUUACGAGUAGAUUAAGACAUUAAAGGCCAAAUAGGAUUUCAAUGAAAACUACUUUGUAAUUUUUAAUUAGCUGUAAUAUGUGUAUAAUAAAUACCUCCAUACAUA